UGGGCGCGCGGGGACCGAGGCGCCCCCGGGCCGCGCGGCCGCGAGAGGCGGAAGCCUGGGCGGGAGGCGGGAGGCGAGAGGCGAGAGGCGGGGCGGCUGCGCUGAGUCACCCCGGAUCGGCCCGCCCGCCGCUUCCAGGGGCGGAGGUGACAGCGGCCCGGGACGGGCAGCCGCCGCUAGCCCGCCGCGUCGAGGGACCGCUGGGCGACGGCGAGCAGGUCGUAAAACAUGGAGGCUGGUUCAGUGGUUCGAGCCAUCUUUGACUUCUGCCCUAGUGUGUCCGAAGAACUACCGCUCUUCGUGGGAGAUGUCAUUGAGGUGUUGGCAGUGGUGGAUGAAUUUUGGCUUCUAGGAAAGAAAGAGGAUGUUACAGGGCAGUUCCCCAGCAGUUUUGUGGAAACUGUGACCAUUCCCAGUCUAAAAGCAGGAGAGAGGCUGUUUGUCUGUGUCUGUGAAUUUACAUCCCAAGAAUUGAACAGUCUUCCCCUCCAUCGAGGUGACCUAGUGAUUCUCGAUGGUGCCCCCACGGCCGGCUGGCUGCAGGGCCGAAGCUGCUGGGGUGCCCGGGGCUGCUUCCCGUCGUCGUGUGUUCGGGAGCUCUGCCUCUCCUCACAGAGUCGUUGCUGGUGCCCACAGAGCACCUCGCUCCAGAUUCCUGAGUACUCAAUGGGACAAGCACGGGCGCUGAUGGGGCUUUCGGCCCAGCUGGACGAGGAGCUGGACUUCAGAGAAGGGGAUGUGAUUACCAUUAUUGGAGUUCCUGAGCCAGGCUGGUUUGAAGGGGAAUUAGAGGGUCGAAGAGGCAUUUUUCCCGAAGGUUUUGUAGAGCUUUUGGGGCCCCUGAGGACUGUGGAUGAGUUGGUAAGUUCUGGUAAUCACGACGACUGCGUUAUUAAUGGUGAAGAAGAGAUCCCUACAGGAGAAGACGAGAGGGAGCCGGAAGAGGAUGAGGAGCAGCCAGGGACUUAUGGAAUUGCCCUCUACAGAUUCCAGGCCCUGGAGCCGAAUGAGUUGGAUUUUGAGGUAGGUGAUAAAAUCCGAAUUCUGGGAACACUGGAAGAUGGGUGGCUAGAAGGAUCACUGAAGGGCAGGACAGGCAUCUUUCCUUACCGAUUUGUAAAGCUAUUUUCUAAAACAAGAGCAGAGGAGACCAUGGAUCCUCCACAGGAAAGCAGCCCUACUGAGAUCCCUGACCCUUCUUUGGGUUGUUCAGAGAACUCCUUGGUGGUGGAGGGAAGAAAACCUGAAUCUCCUGAGUAUAAAGCAGAGAAGUCCAACUGUGUUAUUUCUGAGACAUCUGCUUCUCCCCUGGAGCAUCUGACUUCUGAGUAUGAAGUAAACAAAAACUCUCAUCAGGAUGAAGGCCUCUCAGGGGGUGCCCCAAGAAGCCCAGGCCUGGGGCACGAACAGCCUCUUGCCAAAGACUCUUCUGCAGAGGAUCCUUCAGAGAUAGUCAAUGGGGUUUCCUCCCAACCUCAGGUACCUUUUCCUCCCAGACUGCAGAAACACCAGUAUUACUCUACAGCAGGAGGGGGCCACCGAAGCUCAGAGCAGUACGCUGGCCCUCUUCCCUUUGAAGCAAGGACUAAAGACAACUCCAGCCUACCUCUCAGAGGAAUGUCCUCUCCACCAAAAACCCUUCAGAAGCCAGUGCUGCCUCCUCACGGUGGCUCCUGUCUUCUAGGCCCUCGGGUAGUCACACCCAGCCAGUUGAGCUCUCUGCUCCAGGGCGUGGCAAGAUGCGCUAUAAAGCACCACAUGCCCAAAGCAAAUGUCUCCAGCUUUUGUUCUGCACCAGAGGGAUCAGACAUGAGGCCUGGUCUGCAAGACAAGGUGUUUGCAGCCGAAGCCAUGGCACUUUUACACGGAGAGGGCAACACUGACCUGGAUUUGAAGUUGACACAACAGCUGAUAGAGUUUGAAAAGAGCUUGUCAGGGCCCGGCCUAGAACCAGAUAAAAUUUUGCGCCACUUUUCAAUCAUGGACUUUAACUCGGAGAAGGACAUUGUCCGAGGUUCCUCAAAGCUAACCAGCCAGCAGGAGCUGCCUGAGAGGAGGAAGGCCCUAAGGCCCCCGCCACCGCGUCCCUGUACUCCAGCAUCCGCUUCUCCCCACGUGCUUCUUGACCAGAACCUGAAACCUGAACCGCCCUUGGCGAUGCGACCCUCUCGCCCCGCUCCCCUGCCUCCCUCGGCACAGCAUCGGGGGACUCCAGGAUCCCCCAGGCUCCUAAUCUGUACCCGUCCGAGCUGUGAGACACCGGAGAAGGAGGGCCCUGAGAGUGUGGACCAGACUUUGGACCAGACUUCCCAGUGUCCCUUAGUAUUGGUGAGGGUUCAGGAAAUGGAACAGGACUUGGAUGUGGGUAGCAGGGCUCAAGAAGAGCUAAACUUAACGCUGGAGGAAAAGCAAGACGAAUCAUUAAGGGAAGAGACCCUUGAGGAUCUUGAGUUCUAUGAGAGCAACACUGAAAGUUUAAAUAUGGAACUCCAGCAACUCAGAGAAAUGACGCUGCUCUCCUCCCAGUCUUCAUCACCAGUGGCCCCUCCUGGGUCCGUGUACACUGAAAACCCAGAGCAGAGGAUGCUGGAGAAAAGAGCCAAGGUGAUAGAAGAACUCCUCCAGACGGAAAGAGACUACAUUCGGGAUCUGGAAAUGUGCAUCGAGCACAUCAUGGUGCCCCUGCAGCAGGCACAGAUACCAAACAUCGACUUUGAAGGACUUUUUGGAAAUAUGCAGAUGGUGAUUAAGGUCUCAAAGCAGUUACUGGCUGAUCUGGAAAUCAGCGAUGCUGUAGGGCCUGUGUUUCUCGAUCACCGGGACGAGCUUGAGGGAACAUACAAGGUUUACUGCCAGAAUCAUGAUGAGGCCAUUUCACUGCUGGAAAUCUACGAGAAGGAUGAGAAGAUCCAGAAGCAUCUUCAGGACUCCUUGGCAGAUCUCAAGAGCCUGUACACAGAAUGGGGAUGCACAAAUUACAUUAACCUGGGCUCCUUCCUCAUCAAACCGGUCCAGAGGGUAAUGCGCUACCCACUGCUACUCAUGGAGUUGCUGAAUUCCACCCCAGAAUCCCACCCCGAUAAAGGGCCCUUAACCAGUGCAGUCCUUGCAGUCAAGGAGAUCAACGUGAACAUUAAUGAAUAUAAACGUCGAAAGGACCUGGUCCUCAAGUACCGAAAGGGUGAUGAAGACAGCCUCAUGGAGAAAAUUUCCAAACUGAACAUCCAUUCCAUCAUCAAGAAAUCCAACCGCGUUAGCAGUCACCUGAAGCACCUCACUGGCUUUGCUCCACAGAUCAAAGAUGAAGCAUUUGAAGAAACAGAAAAGAACUUCCGAAUGCAAGAAAGAUUGAUCAAAUCUUUUAUCCGGGACCUGUCUCUCUACCUUCAGCAUAUCCGGGAAUCGGCGUGUGUGAAAGUGGUGGCUGCCGUGAGCAUGUGGGAUGUGUGCAUGGAGAAGGGACACAGAGACUUGGAGCAGUUCGAGAAGGUGCAUCGCUACAUCAGUGACCAGCUCUUCACACAUUUCAAAGAGAGGACAGAGCGGCUUGUCAUCUCUCCCCUCAAUCAGCUGCUGAGCAUGUUCACAGGGCCCCACAAGCUGGUGCAGAAACGCUUCGAUAAGCUUCUGGACUUCUACAACUGCACGGAACGGGCAGAGAAGCUAAAGGACAAGAAGACUCUGGAGGAGCUGCAGUCGGCCCGGAACAACUACGAGGCCCUGAAUGCGCAGCUGCUGGACGAGCUGCCCAAGUUCCAGCAGUUCGCCCAGGGGCUCUUCACCAACUGCGUACACGGCUACGCCGAGGCCCACUGCGACUUCGUGCGCCGGGCGCUGGAGCAGCUGAAGCCGCUGCUGUCGUCACUUAAAGUCGCCGGCAGAGAGGGGAACCUUACCACCGUCUUCCAUGAGGAGCACAGCAGGGUCCUGCAGCAGCUCCAGGUUUUCACCUUCUUCCCAGAGUCGCUUCCGGCUGCCAGGAAGCCAUUUGAGAGGAAGACCACGGACCGUCCGGCGGCCCGGAAGCCGCUGCUGGGGCUGCCAAGUUACAUGCUACAGUCGGAAGAACUCCGGGCCUCCCUUCUGGCAAGGUAUCCCCCUGAAAAACUCUUCCAAGCAGAACGGAACUUCAAUGCAGCUCAAGACUUAGAUGUCUCACUUCUGGAAGGUGACCUGGUGGGCGUAAUCAAAAAAAAGGACCCCAUGGGCAGUCAGAACCGCUGGCUGAUUGACAAUGGAGUCAGCACAGGCUUUGUGUACAGCUCCUUCCUGAAGCCCUACAAUGCCCGCCGCAGCCAGUCUGACGCCUUCCUUGGCAGCCACUCCUCCACCGAGUCGGAGCCCGGCGGCUCCUCUCCCGGGUUCCCACGGCAGAACUGCAGCAGCACCUUGACCUUCAAUCCCAGCAUCAUGGCUGUGUCCUUCACCUCAGGGUCUUGUCAGAAACAGCCUCAAGAUGCCACUUCAUUGAAGGAACCGGACCAAGAAACUGCCAGUGCAUCCUUAAACUUGGGUUGUUCGGAGAGCAGUCCUUCCAGAUGCCCCACAGACCCAGACUCCAGCUCCCAGCCCAGGUCAUGGGAUUUUCCGGAGGCAGCCAGAGACAUUCACCAGCCCGCCCCUGCCCUCAGGAGCUCCAGAAACUCGAGGCAUCCAGAAACGGUUGGUCACUCCCUACCAGGGCGAAAUGGGCAGGGAAAAGACCUCAUGAAAGGGUGCACAAGAACGACCCAGUGUCUGGAAGACAAAAAUGAAGAACCAGAAAGCAGGGAGGCAGAAGGCAACCAGGUCUAUUUUGCUGUCUAUACCUUCAAGGCACGGAACCCAAAUGAGCUGAGUGUGUUAGCCAAUCAGAGACUCAAGAUCCUGGAGUUUAAAGAUGUUACGGGAAAUACAGAGUGGUGGUUAGCCGAAGUUAAUGGGAAGAAGGGCUAUGUUCCAUCCAAUUAUAUCCGCAAAACUGAAUAUACCUGAGCCUAUUCCCUCUCCCGUUUAACCUUGCUGCCUUCACUUCCUUCUGCUGAAGGGUUCUGGUGGCCCUGCAAGAGGGCACCUGCUCCUGGGACACCGGCCCCGUCUGCAUUGUUUAACCAACCACGGCACGGCGCAGGGCACAGGAUGAGUCUUGUUUCCUGACAUUGGGUUGUCAACUUUGAUGCUCACUAGACUUUCUAGAAUUUUAAAUGGACCCUGGGGCUUGUGAAUGAUUCUGUGACCAUGAGAAGAAAGGCAAGUCUUGGGUCAGCCUUUGGAAAUGAGAAAUUUCCAGUGGGAAGACCAGUAUCGGAUAUAUGCUGGAAGCUGUGCUCCAGCAUGAGAAGAUGUUGGCGUGGGUUGUACCAUACUGAGUUUGGGGCAGUCCCAUGCUCCACGAAACUGACUUGGAUGAAGAGAAUUCUCUGGGAGCCCUUUUAGACUGCGCCUCUGCACGUGGCAAGAAGUUUGUUGAGAUUGUACCAAAUCUGGUGUUUCAACGCUUCAGUGUUUAGCACGCAUUCACACAUACACACCCACCCCUAAUUUCUAAAAGUCCCUAAAACACUAUCAUCUGUAAUCUUAUUUAUUUCAAAUACUGCAUUUCCAGAUCGGCUAGGCAAAAUUUAAUUGCGUUCUCUUUUUAAAAAGUGUUUAGGGUCUUUACUUCCCUUCAGUCUUUCUAUGAAUGGGUCUCUUCCCUUUGAGGUUUACAACCUUCUGUCCCUUUCUAACAGUCACCUCUGCUUUAUCGAGUCCGUGUGUGAUGUCUUCUGGCCCUUCACCUGCAACCCAAUAACUGAUAGCUUUUCCUAGGAGAACAAGAUCAGAGCUCCAGCCACCCCAUGGAAAGAGCUCGCCCUACAGUAAGCUGAAACCAAUCUGGCCUGGUGGAAGAUGGGAUGCCUUUCUCCUUCAUCCACACUACUGUCCACAGAUGCAGAAAGCAUAAUGCUCGUGUAUUGUAUGAAUGAGAAGCAGUCCCAGAGGUAGCUUAUCCAAGACUUGGAAAUCAGCAUUUUCUGUUUCACCACUAACCUCCAUGCUUCAGGGACCGUAGUCUAAGCCAAACAGAUCCUAAAGUGCCUGAUCGUCCCUCCCUCUCGCCUCAGGAAGAUCUUUGCUAAUCCUUACACAAAGAAUCUCCCCCUGAAAAUUCUAUUUAAGCAGGGCUCUUAUUCUUAAGGUCUUCCCCAGAUAUGAAGCCUACCUUGGAAUAGAAAACUAUGAAUUUUGUCUUAAAGGGAAUUAAGAACACCUUACAGCCCCUGCUCCUUCAAGUGCACCUUUGGUCUUAAAAUCCUGAUGAGCGGGGAGACACCUGUGGGACCCCUUAGCCCUCUGUGUCUGCGGGUUGGUCAAAAGGCAGCAAUGCGAGUCUCCUGUGAACAGUGUUUAUAUUUAGAGAUGUUUAUAUUUAAGUAGUUAUUUUAUAAAUAAAGGCAUUUCUAAGGGC